UGCUAUCGUCACCAAUCAAUCAAAGCCCUAUAAAGCUCCACCUCAGUGUCAUUCAUCGCUCCAAACCACACAAAUUCACUUCGCUUUCACGAUCUUAAGGAAAUCAAACAACCUACGAAAAUGGCUACUCCAAGCGUUGAAGAGGUCCGCUCUCCCUCUUUGGAUUCCACCUCCGAACCACCUCACAUCUUCGAUGGAACCACAAGGUUGUAUAUCAAUUACCAGUGCCCCUUUGCCCAGCGUGCUUGGAUUACUAGAAAUUACAAGGGUUUACAAGAUAAGAUAAAAUUGGUUCCAAUUGAUCUUCAGAAUAGGCCUGCUUGGUACAAGGAGAAGGUGUACCCAGAAAACAAGGUGCCUUCUUUGGAGCACAACAACAAAGUAAUUGGAGAGAGUUUGGACCUGAUUAAGUAUAUCGACAGUAACUUUGAAGGACCUCGUCUUUUACCCAAUGAUCCUGAGAAGCAGAAGUUUGCCGAAGAGUUGAUUGCCUACAGUGACACAUUCCUCAAAGGAGUGUAUGGUUCAUUCAAGGGAAACCCUGAGAAAGAUGCAGCCGGUGUCUUUGACCACUUAGAAAAUGCACUUGACAAAUACGAUGGUCCUUUCUUCCUUGGAGAAUUCAGUCAGGUGGACAUUGCUUAUGCUCCAUUCAUUGAAAGGUUCCGUCCCUUCAUACUAGACGUGUUUAAGUAUGACAUUACAUCAGGCAGGCCUCGUCUCGCUACCUGGAUUGAGGAGCUGGAGAAGAUCAACGCUUACAAGGUGACCAAAUGCGAUAUCCCAAAGAUCAUCGAAUUCUACAAGAGUCGCUUUAUGGCAUAAUGUUUGAGUUUCAUCUCAUCACUGCCAGUCAUAUAUAAGAUUGCAUGCUCCUCAACAAGUGUGCUUUUUGCAACUUCAAUUCCUACCUUAAACGUUAUAACGCAUUGCAUAGUCUUUGUAGUUUAAAUAAAUAUCUGCGGCCGCCUCUGCAUUUCACAGUAGAUGCGAUUGUUGUAAUGUGUUAGUGGCAAAUGUUUCCCAUUUUAUAUCAAAUAAAUACACUUCCUUGUUUGAUUGGUUAAA